UCCAAGAUGGCGGAUACGUGAAUUACGAGGCGAAAAUCAGCGAAAUUCACCAUUUUCCUGUUAUGUUGGUCCAAUUUUGCUGAUUCGUACAGCGUCUGCAAUGUGAAGAAACUGAUAUUUGUGACUUUAUAUUCUACAACAACGCUGUACUGAACCGGCUGCUUGAAUGUGGUUUCCCCACCUGUGCAGUAUGGGUAACUCCAAGUCGGGACGAGGGGAAACAGUUUCUUUAGGCAUGCCUGCCCGAGAGAGGGAGCUUCACUUGGCAGUCAUGGCUAAUGACAGAGACAGCUUGAGGGCAAUCCUAGCUCAGGGAGUGGACAUAAAUUACCCGUGGAGCAACCCUGCAGUUCCUAGUGUGAAGGACAGCACAACACCUCUGCUGGCAGCCGUGUCUCUGAAUCAUGUGGAGAUCACAAUGAUUCUUCUCAAGGCUGGUGCUGAAAUUAAUCGAACUGACAGAAAUGGCUGCACACCUCUGUACAAGGCUGCAUACCAUGGUAGGCCAGUACUGGUGGACAUUUUAGUGAGGGAGGGCGCCGAUAUCAACAAACCUGACAAAGAUCUACAGACUCCGUUGUAUAUCUGUGUACAGAAUGCUAUAGUACACUCCAGCUAUGCAGCGGUAGACAGACUUCUGGCUGCUGGAGCCUCAGUCAAUGGGUGUGACAAGGCAGGGCAGGCCCCUAUCCAUGUUGCAGCCCACUGGAAGCUGAAGGAUAUGAUCCGUGUUCUGUUGAACGUGAACAGCGAUGUAAACAUGAUAGACUACUCAGGGCGGACUCCGCUGUAUGUAUGUGUUAGUUCUCUUAGUACCGGUUUAUAUAACGAAGACCUCAAGUACCAGGUCCCUUGUAUAAAGAUUCUGUACAGUGCUGGCUGUGACAUGCUGAACCUAGUGGACUGGCUGAAGUGGAAGGGGCCUGGGAUCCCGGCCGAGCUGCUGGCAGACGACGAGAACUUCUUCAGCUGGUACACGUGCAACAUGACCUCGCCUCAUUCCCUGUCUAACCUGUGUCGUAAGGUCAUCCAACAGCGUCUCUCGCAGCGGGGAAACUUCGUCAAGUUUGUCCACAAGUUACCUCUUCCUCACAAAAUGCAAACUUACCUAUGUAGACAGAUGUUUCACCUGCCGAAAUGAAUGCAAUCUUGUAGCAGCUGUGCUGGUAUUCUCUCACACUAACCUGUACAUAAUGCAAUCUUUUCACGUUUCUCUGAAGUAGCUUCGUUUGAUACUGUACAAAUGGUAAAAUUUUUCUGGCCUGUGAGCAGUUGAAUUUCAGAAAAGGAAAGCCAAAAAUAUUGAAACCCAGAGGAAUUUCUGCAAGAUAUAAUAUUGAAUCAUUCAGACGGUAUUUAGCAGAAAAUUUCUGUGAAGUUUCUGGAUGUUUUCUGGAGUGUUUGAGAUAUUAGUUACAGUCUUAUGGCUGAACCUCAGAAUCGGGGUCUGUCUCUAGGGAGUGAAAAGUUGUGUGAGUGUAACAUGAAACAGUUUACUUUAUGACAGACUAAAGCUGGCAGCUAUAAAAGACAAAUAAUCUAUUCUGGAUCGGGAUGCGCACUAACACUGCAUCACAGAGGAGUGAGCACUGGUGUAGAAAAGAAAGGCAUGAUAUAAAUGUAACACUUAAAGAUUUUUUUUUUUUAUCAAGGGAAGAAACUCUUCCAAAUUUUAAACUUGUUAGCUUUGUAAAGUUAUCGCCCUUGCUAUGAAUUCAACUGGUACUAAUUAGACGUUACAAUAUAUCUUGGGCUAGUUCUACACCAGGUUUAUGUCCUAUCUUGUAAUGGCAGUUGUCUGUUUAUUCUGUCUUCGUAUUCUGUCUGCGUAAUAAUUUGUUAUCACAGGGGAAAAUGUUUUUUUUUUUUUAAGUUCUUCAUUCUUCUGUCACCUGUGGAAGAUCAUGGGUUUCCUCCCAUCAUUAUGCUGGCCACUAUUGUAUAAGUGAAAUAUUCUUGAGUACAACGUAGACUGCAAUCAGACUAAUAAAUGAAUAAAUAAAUUCUUUGUCAAUUUGAUUUUUGAUCUGUGUAAGUAGUGUGUGGUAGUGCUGUUUGAAAAUUAGUAUUAAUACUGGUUCACAUGCUAUAAGCCUUUGCUGGAACAAAGGAGAUAGCUUGCUAAUCCUAAUUGGUUACUUUUCUUCAACUGACUAAGUGACUUGUAUCAUACUGAGUAUGUAAGUAUUACAUAGUGAACACAGAUCUUUAUUUAGUCUGUUUCCUCUUUUCAUUGCAUUAUUAUAGGGAUACACAGGAAUGAUCAUUAAGAGGAUUAUUAACACUUCUGUAUUGAGUGAAGUGUAACGAUCAAUUUUCUGCCCAGAUUGGAACAAAAAUAUUUACGGGGAAAAUAAUAAUAAUAAUAUUUAUUUUGGAUUUUGGAUAAUGAAGCAAAACAUAGUUUUAACCCAAAACCUAAGACGUUCUUGCUAUGCCCAUUUUUUGUUGGGUCGAGCGGGAAACAUUUUAUACAUAGUCCAUGUUUUUCGGUUUUGCUUUUGUUUUCACAACCUUGUCUCAUUUCAAGUGUAAUAGUUGUAGUAGCAAUUAAUUUAACAGUGCUUAGUUUUUAUUUUCUAGUCAAAGGUGCUUGGUGGCACUUCCUCAUUUGCAGUUUUGCUCAUAUUGAGUAGUGCUUUUGUCAACUCCAACAAAUGUUUUAUUUGCUGAAAUUGUCAAUUCAGUGACUGAUCAAUGAUUUUCUGUUGUGUAUAUAAAUGUACAUGUAGUGCUAAAUGUUUUUGUAUUCUAUAAUCUAUGACUUGUAAUUUCCAGAGAAAAAAUGAAAUUUUUGAUUAGAUGGACAGUGCAUGUAUGCUGUGCUUGUUGCUUGACCAUGGAUGAUUUUCAGUUUUGUAAUUUUACCUCUGAUAUAUAAAGGAAGGUAUUAUGUAUGCUUAAAUUCAUUUCUUGUGAAGUUCAAAUUAACAUUAUGUAAGAUAACAUCAAAGCAUUUUUCCCUAGAGGUUAAGGUUUUCUUUUCGGGUGAAGCCUGGUGCCGAGCAUUUAUUUCAAAAGGAUUAAUUUGAAGCUUUUCAGUUCUUCCAAGCUUUGAUGCUACAAAAAAUGCACAGGAGAUUUUGUUGCAGACAGAGUCCUUAAUUUUGUGUCAGUUGAUUGCAUUAUGGGAAGAAGGUUUGAUGAAAGUGGUAUAAAUGAUGGUUCAAGUUUCAUACAUGUUGAGACAGUUGAUAUCAUACAGUGGCAGUGUUACUGAUGAUUUCACUACACUAUCCAGACUGUAUUACUUCACACAGAGGGGACUUAUCAAGUGGGAGGCAUCAAGAAAAGAACAUUUAACAUGGGUAAAUGCAGGGUGACAUUAUUCGGCUAAAAGUCACUGAUAUUGACAAGGGAGAUUUUGGGAGAAAAGUUAAACAGUAUGAUUAUUGAAUGUAAUAAUAAUCUGCAUUUACAUGACUUGGUUCAGCACACACUGUAGGGAUAAACCUGUGAGCAUUGAGCCAGCAGGGUGAUCAUGGGUUGUUGGCUUCAACUGUUCAUAUUUAGUAUUACAACCCAUAUAUAUAUAUGUUUCAAACAAAAAAUGUUAUUUAAAGGGGCUGGAACCUUGUAAAGAUAUCUCUAAUUACUCUUUAUAGUUUACAGAGGCUCUAGAUGUAGACUAGAUUUUGUUAUUUCAAACACUUCCAGAAGAUUUACUUUAUUAAAAUUGUAGCUGCUGUUGAAAUUCAGAUGUCUUAUGU